AUGGUCCAAGAUAAUAUAAUUUCUUGUAUCUACUUAAACAAAUUGGGCCUAAAUGUUUUAGUGUUUUCCAGAUUUAAAGAAACUUCUCACAUAACCAUGUCUGAAUCAGUUAAUACGGCACAAACUGAUAUUUACGAUGAAGAAUUUUUCAAUAAUUUACAACUUGCAAAAAAACUGUUGGAGAAAAUUUCAAAUAGACGUGAUAGACAAAUUUGCAGAAAAUGGAUAACAAAACUAUGUAAUUUCAAAUCAGAAGAUGCUUUGGUUAAAAAAAAUCGGAACAUUUUCUUUAAGUAUAUGCUUAGAAUGCUACAUAAAGCAGCUGACAGAGAAUCAGAAAUUCCUAGAGAAGAGAAACCCGUUGGUGAUGAAUCACAGUUCGCAAGCAAAUGGUCACCAGAUAAUCGGACUUACAUUGCUACCAAACCUUUACCCGGUGAGGGAGUGUUGAUUUAUAUGGCAGUAUCAGCUGAUCCUAAAUUAGGAUGGGAUCAUGCCUAAUUAUGUCCUGAG